CGCGAAAACGAUCACUGAGCGGAGUCUACGACGAGGUACACAUCAGGAAAACCACCCCCCUCCCAACAUGGAGAUGCCCUCUAAACUUGCGUUCCCCAUCGCUGUGAUCGUUGUGCUGAUCGCUUGCAGUCCGACAGACGCAUGGUACAAGCAGGCAGCCGGUCCGAGCUAUUACUCAGUGGGCAGAGCGUCCGGCUUGCUGUCCGGCAUCCGGAGGUCAUCGAGCGUGAGGAGGGAUGAAGCUCCAUCUGACAGCGCAGAGUCUGCUACCAACAGCGUGCUGUCCGACUUCAUUUCUCACUAUUCCAUCUUGAAGACGAUGCCCGUUUGUAUCAAAGAUGUAACACCAAACCUGCAGAGCUGCGAAUUCUUCCAGGAAAUCAAGGGAUCGCUGAAGUGCAAAGCGGACAUCUUCCUCUCUUUUGACUCCUCAGACUGUGCGGGAAACUGAGCAAUAAAGCCGACAGCUGAGCUGGAUGACGAAGCCUACUUCUUGAAGGAGUGACAUUAAGAAGAAAAACUGAACGAUUAACACAGGCAGUCCUCUUGAUAGAAACGUUUUCCAUGCAUCAUUGCAUCCUAAUUCCUGAUUUUAUGACACUUGUCAAAUCAUUCAAAAGUAAAAGAAAUGUGUUGCUGUACAUAUUUGAACUGAGUUUUCAUUAAUAAAUUAUUCAUACUGCAACUC